AUGCCGCUUGGCUUCCAGCAGCUAUCACGGACUGCAGUCUCGUUUGUGCGCCGGAGCGCGACCCCCAGGCCGAAAAGACCGCCUUCAGAGGUCCCUGAGAAGAACGGCCAGCCAGCCAUCCAAAUUACCGAAGUGGUGUCCUUGUCGGAUGAGCUGUCCUCGCUGGAACUGUCGCCAGAGUUCAAUCGCCCCUUUGCCGCAUUGUCCGAUGCGAGCUCGUCAUCACUGUCUACCUCCCCACUGUCAGUGUACACGGCGUACACAUAUGCCUCGACACUGUCCGACCGGUGUUCAGUCUGCAAGCACACGGAGCUCAAAUUUCUCGCUGUCCACUGGCCUGAACCAUACGUGGGACUCGACAGCACCACUCACUCGCUCCGCAAUGUCGAUAACAUGGACGUGCGGUUUCGGGGGCCCGUCCCGGCCGUCGUCCUCCUGCAUCUCGAUGACACGACGGGCACAAGAGGUCUCUUGAGCGAAUGUGACUACCUCAUCCCCGACGAGCCCCUAGUGGGCGGCCCACUGAAGAUUGCCGUGUUUACCAUGGAAGGUCGAAUCUGGUCGGCAUUCACCGCAUUCUCAACAUCACAUCCCGAGAGCACUGAUGGGAAACCUGUCACGCUCAUUGCCAAAUUCACCACGCCAAAGGAGCACGAUGCCGACACGGAUUGUGUGAUGGGUGAAGUCGGACGAGAGGCGUGGCUGUACGACAACAAUCUCUGUAUGCUCCAGGGGUCAGUCGUGCCCACAUGGUACGGGAUCUACUUUGCCUGGCAGUCGAGCUAUGGCGGUACAUCGACAAGCGAGGUCCUGUGCGCCGUAAUGGACUAUGCCGGCACUUCUGUCACGGACGAGCUUGUGGCAUCGCUCUCGCCAGAAGACAAACAUGUCAUUGCGGACAAGUACCAGGCCCUCCAUGACGCUGGUAUCGUUCAUGUCUCGUGUACCCCCAAGCACUGGCUCUUGGAACCUGGGGCGCCCGUCGACACGCUCAAGAUUAUCGAUUUUGGCAACUCGCUCAUUCGUCCAACACAUGCCGCAGAGCAAGUGGGACUCGACACGUGGCUGGAUACAGAGUAUACCGACAUGGACUGGCUCGAGGCGGCCAACGCUGAGAUGAUGGAGGUGAGGGCGGUGCUGAGGAUGGAGGACAGCUGA